UGCUGAUAUUACAUUACAUAUUUGCGUAGCUCAUUGUAACAGGAGCAUUAUCAAUAAUUAGAUACAAUCUGAAGGGUUUGCUUGGAAAAAUGUUGCAAAAAUCGACAACUCAAUUUUUGGUGCCAGCUGUGCGUAGUCUUGUGCAUCGCCGUUGCCAAUCGGUGGUUUCUUCACCACCAACCCAAAAGAUUUCUACAGCAGAAAAAAUAAUUCUCGGUGGUGGUAUGUGUGCUGCUUCCUUAGUUAUUCCCGCUUGGGUAUUAUACCAUAUCCGGGAAUAUCGUGGUUUAAAAUAAAUCGUCCUCAAUCUUGCGGCGGACAAAUUCAGGUUAUGUUUAAACAAGUGAUGGAAUUCAAUACGCAAGAAUGUUGAAGUGUGUUUUCUCUCAAAUAAAUCGAUUAAAGUAAAAUUA